AUGGGAGACUGGAGCCUUCUGGGGAGACUCUUGGAUACUGCACAGGGGCACUCCACGGUCAUUGGCAAGGUCUGGCUGACAGUCCUGUUCAUCUUCCGAAUCUUGUUGCUGGGAGCUGGGGUGGAGUCGGUGUGGGGAGAUGAGCAGUCAGGCUUCACCUGCAACACCCAGCAGCCAGGCUGCAUGAACGUGUGCUACGACAAAGCCUUCCCCAUCUCGCACACCCGCUUCUGGGUGCUGCAGAUCAUCUUCGUGUCCACACCCACCCUCAUCUACCUGGGGCAUGUGCUGCACAUCGUGCGUAUGGAAGAGAAGAAGAAAGGCAGGGAGGAAGAGCAGGCAAAGGAAGAGAGCGACCAUGGCCAGAAGAAUAGGUCCCUAGUGCGGGACGACCAGGGAAGGGUCCCCAUUGCAGGGGCCCUGCUCCGGACCUACAUAUUCAACAUCAUCUUUAAGAUGCUGUUUGAAGUGGGAUUCAUUGUCGGACAGUACUAUCUGUAUGGCUUUCAACUGAAGCCGCUCUACCACUGUGACCGGUGGCCCUGCCCCAACAUGGUGGACUGCUUCAUCUCCAGGCCCACAGAGAAGACCGUCUUCAUCAUCUUCAUGCUGGUCGUGGCCUGCCUGUCCCUCUUACUCAACGUGCUAGAGAUAUACCACCUGGGCUGGAAGAAGCUUAAACAGGGCAUGACCAACCACUAUGGCCCAGACACCGCUGAAUCCAGGGUGGGGGCAGCAAUAUCUGGGGAUGUGAUCCCACUCCCCUCCCACUAGGCCACAGACACUGGUACUUGGGGUGCCCUUCUACUACACGCUCUCUGUCUCUUCCCUGGGAUGGGCAACAAUCAUCAUUAUUCCAGGGCCCCUCCACCAGCAACAGACUUCAACAUGGCAGCGCUUUCCCAAACACAGGGGAAGGGCCACCCUGACAAAUUCUACAAUAGUAACCACCACCUGAUCAUGACAGAGCAGAAUGGGGCCAACCAGGAGCCUGGGCAGCAGAUUCUGUGAGGAAGGUCUCCCCACCUGUGUCUGCAUCUUCCUCCUUUACCCCUCCAGGCAGCCCCUGCCAACCCCUCAGGAGGGCAGAGAGGCAGCAAAGAUUCUGUCGUGUUGGAGAAUGGGGACAGCAGCAUCCCGGGAGAGAGCAGAUUGGAAGUGACUCCUGAUGAGCAGCAGCAGGCAGUGACCCCGCUGUGGAGAUGCACAUGCCACCUUUGCUGCCCACAGACCCCCGACGGUCAAGCAAGGCCAGAAAGGCAGCAACAGUCAGGCCAGACCCAGUGACGUGGCCG